AUGCGUUGGUCAAUUAUGGCGUGGAGCAAGAUUUUGAGCACCACCACUGCGAGUUGCUUCAAGCACACUGGACUCAUGAAUGGGCCGACUUCACCAGCAGUUGAAGGGGGCGCUUCAGCAGGGGACAUUCAGCAGCCUGUGCAACAGGAUGCAGAUCUGGUAGACCAGGAGGAUCAGGAAGUGGAUAAGGAUCUAGAGUCAGCUCUGCAACGCCUGCCUUUGCGCAAUCCGAUGUCUAUUGCGUCACAGCUCAAUCCAGUUGAUGAGGAGCCGACGGUGCAUGCGGAGUAA